AUGCUUGAGGGCCAUUCAGAUUCAAUCAAUAAGGUGGCCUUCUCAACUGAUAGGUAUACUUUAGUGUCAGGCUCAGACGACAAGACUAUCAAGCUCUGGAAAAUAACGACCGGUAUAGAGCAGCAGACGCUCAAGGGCCAUUCAGAUUCAGUUAGUUCAGUGGCCUUCUCACCAGAUAGGUAUACUUUACUCUGGGAUAUAACGACUGGCAUAGAGCGGCAGACGCUCAAGGGCUAUUCAGAAUGGGUCUGGUCAGUGGCCUUCUUACCUGAUGGAUGCACUUUAGCGUCAGGCUCAUAUAACAAUACUAUUAAGCUCUGGGAUACAACAACUGGUAAAGUGUGGAAGACACUUACAGGCUAUUCAGAUCUAGUUAGCUCCGUGGCCUUCUUACCUGAUAGAUGUACUUUAGCGUUGGGCUUAUCUGACAAGACUAUUAAGCUCUGGGAUACAACAACUGGUAAAGUGUGGAAGACACUUACAGGUCAUACAGAGCUGGUUAACUCCGUGGUCUUCUCGCCUGAUAGAUACAGUUUACUCUGGGAUAAAGAGACCGGCACAGUGUGCCAGACAUUCAAUAAUCAUUUAGGUGCAAUUAUUUCAGUGGCUAUCUCGCCUAAUGGAUGUACUUUGCUCUGGGAUAAAAAGACCGGCACAGUGCGCCAGAUGUUUGAGGGCCAUUUAGGUUCAAUUAUUUCAGUGGCCCUCUCGCCUGAUGGAUAUACUUUAGCAUCAGGCUUGUCGGACAAAGCUAUCAAGCUCUGGAAUACAGUAACUGAUAUAGAGUGGCAGGUGUAUAAGAGUUAUUUAGAUUCAGUUAAUUCAAUCGCUUUCGCGCCUGAUGGGGGCACUUUAGUGUCAGGCUCUGACGAUAAGACUAUCAAGCUCUGGGACACGAUGACCGGUAAGCUACGGCAGAUGCUGAAGAGUCAUUCAGAGUGGAAGACACUUACAGGCCAUUCAGAUUGGAUUAAUUCAGUGGCCUUCUCGCCAGAUGGGCAUACUUUAGUAUCGGGCUCAGAUGACAAGACUAUUAAGCUCUGGGAUACAAUAACUGGCAAAGUGCGGAGGACACUUAUAGGCUAUUUAGAUUGGAUCAAUUCAGUGGCCUUCUUGUCUGAUGGGUAUACUUUAGCCACCGGCUCAGAUAACAAGACUAUCAGGCUCUGGGAUACAACAACUGGUAAAGAGUGGAGAAUACUUACCGGGUAUUCAGAUUCAGUUAGUUUAUUAGCCUUCUCGUCUGAUGGGUAUAAUUUAGUAUUAGGUCUGCGAUAUAACAACCGACAGAAAAUUGACGUUCAAGAGUUAUUUAGGUUUAUUCAGUUCAGUGGUCUUCUCGCCGGAUGGGCAUACUUUAGCCUCCGGUUCAGAUGA